UGCAAUUUACUUGGGAAGAAUUCAGGCACUUGCUGUUUUGUUUAGGCUACCCAUGGAUUUCUUAAACGAUAGUAUUUUUUUCCUCGGAGACACUAAUUCAACAACAACAGCUGUAGAUGGGGCUCUUCACUGCAGUGCCAUGCUCCCUGUCAUCUUUGGCAUCAUCUGCUUUCUGGGUAUCAUGGGGAACUGUAUUGUCAUCUACACCAUAAUGAAAAAGACCAAGUGCCGUGCCAAGCAAACUGUUCCAGACAUAUUCAUCUUAAAUUUGUCAAUUGUUGAUCUCCUGUUCCUCCUUGGUAUGCCAUUCCUCAUCCACCAGCUGCUGGGCAACGGCACCUGGCACUUUGGAGCCGAAAUGUGUACAGUCAUCACUGCGCUUGACUCCAAUAGCCAGAUUGUCAGUACUUACAUCCUCACUGCAAUGACCCUCGACCGUUACUUGGCUACAGUCCAUCCCAUCCGCUUCAACUACAUCCGCACCCCUUGUGUCGCAGCACUGGUCAUUGGCCUGAUGUGGGGUCUGUCCCUACUCACCAUAGUCCCUGUGUGGAUGUAUUCAGGCCUGAUGCCUCUACCUGAUGGCCUAGUGGCCUGUGCUCUCCUUCUGCCUGAUGCAGUCACUGACAUAUACUGGUUUACACUUUACCAAUUCUUCUUGGCCUUUGCUAUACCUUUGGCCAUCAUCUGCCUGGUGUUUUUCAAAAUCCUCCAGCACAUGUCCACUAGCGUUGCACCACUGCCUCCAUGGAGUUUGAGGGUGCGCACCAGAAAGGUGACCCGGAUGGCAGUUGCUAUUUGCCUGGCUUUUUUCAUCUGUUGGGCCCCAUAUUACAUCCUUCAGCUGAUCCAUUUAGGGGUGCAGAAGCCAAGCGUAGCUUUCUCCUAUGCCUACAACAUAGCCAUUAGCAUGGGAUAUGCUAACAGUUGCAUCAACCCAUUCCUCUACAUUAUCCUCAGUGAGACUUUCAAGAGGCAGUUUCUCAGGGCUGUACGCCCAGUUAAUAGAAAGUUCCGUGUGAACCCGAGCACCACAGGUGGUGGCAGUCUGAGUGUGAGAAUGGUACCUGAAGGGGCUCAGCAGGAGCUAGCCUCUCGGGAGAUGAGACCAUCCAACAUGGCCCCACAAUGAAGAAUCCAAACAACUUGCAAUUGUGGAUCUGUACAGCUUGUUAGCACUCU